GCCCCGUUCGUUCAAGUACAACAACCUGCCCGCGGCAGUAGUCCUCUCUCAUCUACGACAUGUAGGACAACAGCACCAGCAGGCUCGCUGGGGGGAGGGCUAGGUCUUGACGGCAGUGGUUCGACAAGCGGUGUGAGGCAGCGACGUCGUAUCGAGAUGACGCUGCAGGUGCAGGAGGGGUCAAGCGCAGCGGCAGCAGAAGCUCUAGCUGCUAGGAGCGCUGCCGCUAGCGCCGUGGCGAAACCGUUCGUUAGCCGAAAGCUCGGCAGCUUCGAGAAGAUGCUCACGAAAACGCGGGACGGCGCUGGCCCUGCCGAGGACGGCGUUCGGACUCUAACUACCCCGCACGUGUGGGCCGCCGUGAUCGACGGCGACUUGCCGAGGAGCUCGCUCAAGCGCGGGAUCGAGGCGGUCCUCGCCCGCCACCCCAUGCUCCGCGCUUGCAUCCGCACGCCGGACGGGCCUAAGGAGCCGCUGAUCAAUAUCUUGGGCGAGGAGCGGGAAGACGGGGACCCCCUCUACUUCUGCGAAUCCGAGUGCGAAUCGCUGGGGGCGCUAGCGGAGCGCGUCUUGGCCCCCGAAGAAGACGAGAUCUCCGGAGAUGAAGCUUUCACGCGGGAGUGGCGAGGGCGGCUCGAGCGCAACCUGGACAACGCGCGGUUGCCGGUGUCCGCGGGCCCGAAUUGGCGCGUGGAAGCCAUCCGCCUUUCUGGGCGGGGAAGGCCGGGUCCCCGCCGCCGCCGCACCGCCCUGGUGUGCACCAUGAACCACGCCCUCGAGGACCAACGGAGCUCGAACGUGAUGCUGCAAGGGAUUUUAGAGGCCGCGGCUGGGAAGGCAAGCGGCCCCGCGCGUUCAGCCGAUGAUGCAGGCGGGUUUGAUCUGCCCCCCAGCAUGGAAGCUGCGAUUGUGGAGGGAAAACAAUUCCGCAGAAACACGCUGGGGUACAUGUGGGACCAGGCCACGGUGGCGAUCGCGCAACCUAUGGUCGUACCAGACGGGCUUCCCUCUGUAGACGAGAGGAGCGAGGGGGGUGACGAGGGGCCGUUCGGGGUGUCUAGCCGCAAAAGCGCGUGCGAGUUUUCGUCGGUGCCGGCGGACGACGUAUCUGUGAUGCUUCAGGCGUGCAGAGAACGAGGGCUAACCCUGUCGGGAGCCCUGAGCGCCGCUUGCCUGAUGGCGUGCAGCGACGUCGCCCAUGCCGAGGGCAGCCGAGGGUCGAACCGUUACAAGUUUCUCCUGGCGGUUGACCUUCGGCGUUUCGGCACCGGGGAUUACUCCGACAUGGACGACUGGACGGGGGGCACCGUGGCGUGCGCGGGGGGGGCGAUCGACUACGCGGUGAAGGUUCCCGCCGGGAGCGGGUCGAGGCUCGUGGGACGGGACGGGGAGGAGGCGGCGCGGGUGGCGCGGGAGGAGUUCUGGAGGCUCGCUGAGCGAUGCAAGACCGCCACGCGGGACAUGGUGGAGAAGGAAACACUGAGGGAGGCGGUGGCAGUGUUCGACUGGGCGAUGGAGAACAUGAGCAUUUGGGCUUCCGUCGACAUCGAAAGUCGAAACGCUAAGACCCUCGGGAGAGCCUACACGUGCGGUGUCAGCAACAUGGGGCGGUACCCAUUCGAUACCCAGGUGGGCAAUCUUUCUCUCAAGGCGGUGCACUACGGAACGAGCCAGUCAGCCUGCGGAAGUUUGUUCCAGCUCAGCUGCGGUACGAUAGACGGAGAGCUUUUCAUGACGCUACAGUUUGCGGAGCCUGUCGUCACACGAGAAGCAGGGGAGGCCUACUUGCGGGGCAUCAUCGACAACCUGCGGGCCGCUUGCGUAAUUUCCCAAUGA